AUGCCUGAGCAACACACAACAUCGCCUUCCUCCACUUACACCUUUCUCAAAGAUUUCACACUCGGUGGAGCUUCUGGUGCAGUAGCUAAAACCAUAACAGCUCCCAUCGAACGUGUCAGAAUUGUGUUACAAACAUCAAGAGCCAAUCCAGAGAUCAUCAGAGGUGAAAUUCCUCCCUUCAAAGGUAUUAUGGAUUGCUUUGUUCGAUUGGCACGUGAACAAGGUAUCAAAUCUUACUGGAAUGGAAAUUUCACCAAUGUCAUUCGGUAUUAUCCAACACAAGCAAUUGCUUUGCCAAUGAAAGAUGUUUUUAAAAAACUCUUUCCAAAGUACGAUCCAAAGACAGAGUUUGGAAAAUUCUUCCUUGUUCAAAUGGUGUCUGGUUCUUUGUCUGGCUUGGUUACAGUAAGUCUUGUCUAUCCACUCGACUAUGCCAGAACUCGAUUGACAGCUGACAUUGGCAAAGUCAAAACAUUCAAUGGCUUGACCGAUUGCUUGGUAAAAACUGCCAAAGGCCCCAAUGGCUUCCUUGGCCUCUAUCCAGGUUUUACUCUCUCCAUGCUUACAUCCAUCUCUUUUGUACCUUUUAGAUUUCUCUAUUUUGGAUUUUAUGACACACUUAGAGAAUUCAAUCCAUAUCACAACGACUCGGGAACGAAAGGAUUUUUAAGUAGAUUUGUCAUUGCUCAAACCACCUCCAUUGCUUCAAGUUACAUUUCCUAUCCAUUGGACACGGUUGUAAAACGUCUUCAAAUGCAAGGUGAAAAACCUCGCGAACAAUGGGUUUAUAAGGGAACUUUGGAUUGUUUCAAGAAAAUUCUGAGACAAGAAGGUUGGCGUUCAUUCUUUGAUGGAGCUGGUGCAUUAGUUUUACGUUCGGUUGGAUCUGCAUUGGUGUUGGUUUUGUAUGAUCAGUUACAGGAUUAUUAUAAGAAGGGUGAGAAGGAAGAGACAGGAAAUGAGUAA